GUGUUUGUUUAGUUUGAAAAUUUUUCUAGACUUUUACGUUUUCCAGCGCUUUUUUCUGUAUGUUAUUUUAAUUUAUUUAUUUUGCUUAAAGUCAGUGUUUGGGUUCUGUCGUAAUGGUUUUAAAGAUUACCGUCAUUAGUGCGCUUUUUAAAAUGGAGAUGGACUUCAGCGAACCGAUCAGUGCCGCGGAAUGGAUUAACCGCCAGCUUAGCAGACCAGGAGCGAAAGAGAAUUUUGAGGGGUACACCAGCGAGUUGGUUAGCAAUCUGCAGCUGCAUCUGUACAAAACACAACAAGCCCUGGACGACAUGGCCUCACAGAUGCCACGUCUCAGCUCCGCCAUUGCUCGCCAACUUCCGCCGACCCACUCCGCGCUGUCCUACAUUGUGGCGGACAUUCAGCAUUUGGAAGCCAAUCUCCAGGCCCAUGCUGCCGCCACCUCGGACGUGGCUGAACGUAUUCGUGCCACGGAAAUGGUCAAACAGCGCAUGGAGCUGACAUACCGUGCACUGGAAAAUCAGGAUAACUGGGAAGCACUGAUUGCCAACGUGCACGACGUCAUUGCCAAUGGGGAUUUGGAUGCGAUUGUAGCACGGCUGGUCGCACUGCAGAAAUGCUUUAUCUCACUGAGCGGCGCGGCUAACUACGACAAUCGACGCGAGCAGCUGCAGGAUGUGAAGAAUCGCAUUGAGAGCGUACUGAUUCCGCGCUUGAUCAGUGUGUUGUCAUCCAUGGAGCCGUGGAGGGUGGGCAGUGGGACCAAUGUUGUGCACGGAUCGGAAUCAUUGGCACUGAAAAUCAUCUCCGUAUUCACUACAAUGGAACGGAAGGAUGCAUUGAAAAGAGUGUUAAAUGAAUGCCGUCUGAAGCAGAUGGUUAAACACUGGGACGAUACUGCGACGACGGCUUUACAGGAGCAAUCAGACGAAGCAGAUACGGCCAGUUUUGACGAAUGUUUCGCCGGCUUUUGCGAUGAUCUGCUAUCUUCUUGGCAUAAUCAGUACCGUUUGUUUGCCGCAACAUUUUCUGACCCUACCGCUGCGUUAUUAGACCAUUACCGGAUGGUUUUCACGGAAACCAGACCGAAAAUGGAGAGACAGUUAGAGAAUGCAUGGAACAAAGCCAGAUCGUCUAAUGCCAUGGAAGACUUUCUUUCCAUGUCUCUUAAUAUUCGACAUUCUCAGGACGUGUUCUGCAAAAGCUUGGAAAAGGAUCUUCCUGAUCAUCUCCAUACUGAACUUUGUGAAAAACUCUGGGAAGAUGUUAGGCACAUUUUAUCAUUCUGUUUGAAACACUAUGCCGAAGCGGAGAAGCACCUGUUGAUGACGGAAAUUGAUCGUGCUCACUUGGAUGUUAAAGAAAAAGGGAAGUCCACACAUGCUUUGAGCAGUGCUGGGAAUCGAAUCGGAAACACUAUCUAUACUGCCGUGGUCCGGUGUUUUCAGCUCACAAAUGGGCACUUAUUCCAGGAAAUUGAGGAUACGGUCUUAUCAGCUGUUAAAAUACACUGCACAAAAGUCAGUCUGUAUGCAAAGAAACUGGAAAAUACUGCCACUUCCGAAUAUAAUGUAGACUCUGCUGAUGGAAAUUAUGAGCUGCUCAACGAUUUUGUUAAAGUGCUCCAGCAUUUCGGUGACUUGUUAGUGCAGCUGCAUAAUAUUACGGAAUCUUUGCCACAUAAUGCGGCAUCACAGAGCCACGCUGCCACUGAGGAUACUGGUCAUCAUCCUUUUGCCAAAGUUGUUUUGAUGAUAAAAGAGUCCGCUAAUGCCGUUUUUCAAGAAUUUUAUUCGGUUUUGCUCCAGCCUGUGGAUAAACUUCUAGAAAAUAUCCCAACUCUGCCGUCUUGGACAACAGGUUCGGCGAAAGGCGGAAUCGACAUACCGAGUUUUGGGUUGGAUCCACAGGAGCAUGUUACUCGUAUCGGCAACUAUUUACUGACUUUGCCACAGGCCCUGGAUCCUUUACUAUCCAGCGAAAGCGCCAGUAUGAAGGCCUUGAAAAGUAUCAUAAGUUUCCCCGGUUCUCCUUCGGUGGAUGAUUCUCUUAGUUUAGCGGAAGUGGCCAUUCAAGGAGCCAUGUACUUAGCAAUGGAAAAAAUUGUGGCCGUCCUCCUCAAAAUUCGUCAUUUAACCAGUUUCGGGCUCAAACAGCUUGUGUGUGACCUUAAAUACAUCCAGAACAUAGCGGAAGAUUUUGCUACUUCUCCUAGCACCAAUUUUGAAACACUGAGAACUUUAUUAACUAUUCCCGUGGAGGAAUUCGAGGAAGCAUCGCCGAAAUUUCCUGGUAGCAUGGUGGCUUUUGCAUCCAGAGCGCGAAACAUCGUAUGAUUAGUAAUUGUUAACCAAUUUUUUACUGAGCACUCAGAACUAAAUUUUUCGGCGCCUGGAAUUACCGAAUCGCUUACUGUAGAUUAAUAAAACUUUGGCGUUCAUGGAAAGUCGAAACAACUGUUACUCCGACUCGUAGGACGUAAAUAACAGUAAAACUUUAGAAAAGAUUUAGGUAAUUAUUCUUCAGUCAUUGCUUCGCGUUCGUCAGCAAAAGGGCGACAUUGGAACCUCGUUGACAGACGUUUUCGGUCCU